CCACCAUUGUGGUGUAUGUGGUUGACUGCUCCUGCCAUGUAUUCUCACAAGACUUUCAGAAUCAAGCGGUUCCUAGCCAAGAAACAAAAGCAGAAUUGUCCCAUUCCCCAGGGGAUUCAGAUGAAAAAUGGUCAUAAAAUCAGGUACUACUCCAAGAGGAGGCAUUGGAGAAAAACUAUGCUGGGUCUAUAA